AUGGCGGCGCAAGCUCGAGUUGAGCCAGAACGAAUUGAAGAUGUUGUGCAUCGUCCCAUCGAGACCAUCGCGAAGGGAAUACGGACAGUUUUACUGGGCCCACCUGGUUCUGGAAAAGGAACGCAGGCCCCAAUUCUGGCUGAGAAGUACCAGUCUUGCCACUUGUCUACAGGUGAUCUGUUACGGGCUGAGAUUUCUUCUGGAUCACCACUUGGAAAAAAGAUUAAGGAGUAUAUGGACGACGGAAAGCUUGUCUCAGACGAAAUGGUCUGCGAGCUAGUUGACGUCAAUCUGAAUAAGGAUGAGUGCAAGAACGGCUUCAUUCUCGAUGGAUUUCCAAGGACGGUCGUUCAAGCCGAAAAGGUUAGCCAUUUUUUUCAAUUUCUUUGUAUGUCUGUCAGCUCUAUGACGGGUUCAUCUCCACUCAUAGAACGACUCAUGUUGCUGCAGCAGAAUUAA